UCAGCAUGUGGUGCGAGCUGCCCCAGGAGAACUUCUUCAGCGAGUUCCAGAUGGAGGGCGUCUCCGAGGAAAACAAUGAGAUCUACGUGGAGCUCACGUCCGAAAACCUCUCUCGAGCCUUGAAGACCGCGCCCAACGCCAGGGCCCUGAAGGUCAAGCUGACCAACAAGCACUUCCCCUGCCUGACCGUCUCCAUAGAGCUGUUGUCGGUGUCCAGCAGUAGUCGCAUGGUGACCCACGACAUCCCCAUAAAGGUCAUUCCUAGGAAACUGUGGAAGAAUUUACAAGAGCCGACAGUCCCGGACUCUGACGUCAGUAUUUAUUUGCCAGCCUUGAAGACUAUGAAGAGCGUUGUGGAAAAAAUGAAAAAUCUCAGCAACCACCUUAUUGUUGAAGCCAACCUCAAUGGAGACUUGAACUUGAAAAUAGAGUCGGAACUAGUGUGUGUUACAACUCACUUUAAGGAUCUUGGGAAUCCUCCCCUGGCCUCUGACAGCGUGUCUCAGGACCACAGCCCCGAGCAGAUGGCGGAGGUGCACGUGGACAUCAAGAAGUUCCUGCAGUUUCUUGCUGGACAGCAAGUGAACCCUACCAGGGGCGUCUGCAAUGUCGUGAGUCACAAGAUGCUGCACUUCGACCUGCUCCACGAGGAUGUGUCCCUGCAGUAUUUCAUCCCAGCCCUGUCCUAGCGCUGCAACUGGUUACCUGUUUGGAUUUGUCAGCGCACCCUCCCACAGCCCCUCCCCUGGCACGGGAGCCAGGCCUCUGCUGUGGCCAGAGAGGCCACGGUGACGUGUCCAGUCACUGGUCUGUGUCCUCAGCAGCACACAUUCCGAACGUUUCCCUUAUCUUUCCCUCUAUAGUGUUUUAACUAGAAAUUGAAUUAAUGAAACACAAUUGCAUAAAAAUGUUACUUUGUAUGACUA